GGAUACAUUCUCAGAUAAGUGAGCUGCCCCAUUCUACCUGCGCGUGUGGCCGUCUUUCCACAACACUUUAGCAUCUUUUAUAUGAGCUCCGGUCAUAGGCUGUUGCGCACAGUUUUCCCUGACACACCGACAGAGCGAUAGAGAGACAGAGGGUAAGAGAGAGAGAGACAAAGGCAGCUCCGUUUGUCUUCAUCUUACACAAUCGUCGAAAAAGUCUCCGUGCCAACCGCUCGGGUUUUCUGGGCUAGAACCGUGAGCAAGUCCACGGUAACUCCCUGAGAACACAGCAUUUUUUUCAGUGGAGGGUGGGUGGAGGCAUGGCCACCCAUCAGCAAGGUUACACGCCCGACUACCCGUUCCUGGACCCACGAUUCUCUCCAUCGGCAUCGGCGGCGGCUGCCAGCGACGCCGCGAGAUCCACGGAGGAGGAGGAGGAGACGGAGGAAGACGAAGCGCCCGGAGUCAACGGCGUGGCGCGUGAGAGGCGACGGAAGGAGAGGGAUCUCCUGGUGGACGAGAAGGACCACGCGGACCGCACGCAGAGGAACGGCACCCACUGCUGCAGGGACGCGCUCGGCGGCAUCGUCAGGUUUUUACGCCCGGUGUACCGAUGCGUACGUCACCUGAUCCUGAGGUUCGGGGAGGAUUGGAUAUUCCUCUUCAUCCUCGGCAUCUCCAUGGCCACCAUCAGCUACUGCCUGGACGUGGUCAUCGGGCGAUUCCAGCGAAUCAACCUGCAUGUGUACGACUCGCUGGAGAACUACCGGGUGCUGCAGUACUUCUCGUGGGUGCUCUACCACGUCAUCCUCAUGGUCGGCUCCGCCGGAGUGGCUCAGCUCAUCUCGCAGCAGGCGAUCGGUUCGGGUAUCCCCGAGAUCAAAGUGUCGCUGCGCGGUGUCGUGCUGGAGGAGUUCUUCACCCUCAAGACGAUGGUGGCGAAGCUCAUCGGCAUCACGUGCACGCUCGCUGCGGGCAGCACCAUCUUCCUGGGCAAAGUGGGACCAUUUGUGCACAUGAGCUGCAUCCUCGCCACUCAGUUUGGCCGACUAAUCGUGAAAUUUGCUGGGAAGAAGGAGAACGAGGGCCGCAAGUACGAGAUGAUCGUGGCUGGUGCCGCGGUGGGGGUGGCUUGCUGCUUCGUGGCCCCAGUAGGAGGAGUGCUGUUCAGCGUGGAGACCACGGCCACUCACUUCGCGGUGCGCAACUACUGGCGCGGGUUCUUCGCUGCCACGUGUGCCGCCCUCAUGUUCCGCCUGCUCGCCAUCACCAACGGAGAGAAAGAGACGGUGGCUGUGCUGUUCACCACCAGCUACCAGGUGGAGUUCCCUUUCGACCUGCCCGAGUACUUCUCCUUUGCCAUCCUCGGAGUUCUGUGUGGCUGCCUUUGCUGCGUCUAUUUGUUUUGCCACCGGAACCUGCUCAUCUUCAUGAUGAACAACAAGACCAUCUCCAAGUUCAUGGCCAAUAACAAGGUGCUGUACUCGGGCGUGUUGACGCUCAUCCUGGCCAGCAUCACCUUCCCCCACGGCUUCGGGCAAUACAUCGGAUCGCGGCUGACCAUGAAGGAGCACCUGGCGACCUUUUUCGACAACCGCACGUGGGGAAUCGACAGCGUGAACCUGAGCAACGUGACCCUGCAGCCUCCCAACCCCACCUAUCACGACCAGUGGCUGCAGUGGACGCACACGGGCCUCACCUCGCUCCACAUGCUCGCCAUGUUCGCCGUGUUCAAGUUUUUCAUGCUGAUCCUCGCCACCACGUUGCCUGUUCCCGCUGGUUAUUUCCUGCCCGUGUUUGUGUACGGUGCCGGACUCGGACGUCUCUAUGGAGAGCUCAUGGCCAAGAUGUUCCCGGAUGGAAUCAUCGCCGAAGGAGUCACCAUUCUGAUCCACCCGUCCGCCUAUGCGCUUGCAGGCGCGGCGGCGUACUCGGGGGCGGUGACGCACACGCUCUCGACGGCCGUGCUUGUGUUCGAGCUGAGCGGGCAGAUGUCGCACAUCCUGCCCGUUCUCAUCGCGGUGCUGAUCGCCAACGCCAUCAGCCAGCGGCUGCAGCCGUCCUUCUUCGACGGCAUCAUCAUCGUAAAGAAGCUGCCCUUCAUGCCCAUGCUCGCCAUGGGGAAGACAGAAUCUCACGACGUGAUGGCUGAGGACUUCAUGACGACCGACGUGAAGUACGUGACGAAGGAGAGCACCUACAAGGACGUGAAAGACCUGCUGAUGAAAACCAAAAUCCGCGUCUUCCCCCUGGUCGACUCCAACGAGUCGCGCGUGCUGCUGGGCUCCAUCAAGCGCAUGGAGCUCAUCCGCCUGGUGGGCGACCAGCUGAGCUCGGAGCGCCGGCUGGAGCACCUGCGGCGUCGGCUGCUGGCGGAGCACGCGAGCGGCGAGGAGCAGCACCACGACUACCUGCACGAGGUCCUCUACCCUUGCCCGUCCAAGCGAGGACGUCCGUCGCGGAGGCGGAGCGAUCUUUUGCCUGGCAAAAGUAGGAUGCCAAGGUACACGUUGGAAGACAGGAGUGGCUCAAAGAAGAGGUCAAUGGUUCUCCUCAGUGGCGAGGACAUCAUUCCAAGGCCCAGCGACCAGUUUGAAUCGAAGAAAGUGAAACUCCUAUUGGGGGAUGGGCACGCUAUCUUGGAAAGCAUGACAGAUGAGGAGAUCGAAGAGUGGGAACGGCAGCAGCUGGAGCAGGUCAUCUGUCUCGACGGGGUCACCAUAAACCCCGCUCCGUACCGGAUCAUCCAGACCGCCUCCUUACACAAGGUGUACGACCUCUUCAAUCUGCUGGGCCUGAGGAUCUGCUACGUGACGGCACUCGGAAAACUGGUGGGCGUUGUGUCCCUGAAGGAGCUGAAGCAGGCCGUGGGGGCGACGGUGAAGGGGAACUUCGUGAGGACUGUGCGGCGGAACAGCAAGGUGGACCAACCGCCGGCUCAGAUGCCCGGCGCGGACUCGUCGGGGCCAGGCGGAGCGUCGCAGGACGGCGAUGACAUCUCUCCGGAGCCGGAAACGCGACACCGAAGAGUCUCCUUCCAGGGCUCGGCGGUGUAGGCGGUUGUGUCCGACGACGGUUUUUGCACCGGCUGACGACGCGACGGGUUCGCUUGGUAGGAACGACGCGAGCUGUGGGAGUUCCCUGCUGAUGCUGCGGGGGGGGCACCCAUCUGGCCGAGUCCGUAAACACUUUGACGCCGGCAAGGGAGCGGUUCGCCAUCGGGCAGUCUAAGCUUCUUUCAUUCUUCCCGUAGCUGCCAAUGAACGAUGGAUAGACGCUCGUCGAUCUAUCGAUGCUCAGUGGUGCUGCUUGGUGCAACAGUCGGUGAAG